UGGAGGAGUAUUUUGACUGCUCUGUCCUUCAGUCGUCCUCUUUGUCUCCACCGCCUCUAACUAGGGUUUGGGUUUCUCGUUCCUUCUUUUUCUCAUAACCUAACUUCUGGAAAUUUCAAUUAGAUUCAAAAAUAAAACGAUAAUAAAUUGAUUUUGAGAGGAAUAGGUGUUUCAGAGAAGAGAAUGUACAAUAUGGACGCUAACAGAAGUGUUUGGAUGUUCCAAACAUUCUUGAUGUCAUGGUCCGCACUCUCACUGGGACAGUUUAUUUGAAACUUCCAAAGGACCAGAAUUCUGUUUGGUUGCUGCAUUCUAAGCUUUUAUAUUUGAUAGUGUUCCAGUAGAUAAACAUGGAAGCAAACAACGGAAAGGCAUCUAACAGGAAUGUGCUUAAUCUGAAGCGGAAGCGUGCUUCUCGACAUGCUACAUGUUCAAAUGGAGCUCUGCGACCAGUGUUACCUCAGUGUACAUCACUAGUAACACCAAGAAACAAGGUUGUCAAACAUAUGAGAUUGAAAGGGUACAAAAGCAAGCCAAUGAAAUCAGAGAAUCAUAUUGGACGAUCGUUGGUUAGGUAUUAUAUGAAUUAUAAGAAGAGCGGAAGCCCAGAACGUUUGAUGUUCUAUCAAAAUGGUGGAUGGAAGGACUUUCCACAGGAUGUUGUUGAUUUGGUUAGGAAAGAUUUUGAUGUAAAGAAAGCAGCUGUGGAGGUAGAGUUAAAUGGCCAUCAUCUUGUGCUGGACUUUUUGCACAUGUAUCAGAUGAAUUUGAAAUCUGGUUUGCAACAACCUAUUGCUUGGAUUGAUGAGACAGGGUGCUGCUUUUUUCCUGAAAUUUAUGCUGCUUCCGAUGAAGUGCCUUAUGAUCUCUGCAAUCAGGACAGCAGAAAAGGUCAAGAAUCUUUGUUCCAAGGUCCUAAUGAAAUUAAAUUACACUUAGGAAUUGAAAUAAAUGGAGUAGGUGCAUCCAAGUUGGGGGAGUGCAUUGGGGAGUCCAAUGUCACCUUUAAGCAUGUUCAAAUUGAUGCUAAACAAGCCUGCAAUCAUAAUAAUUUAGAAAUUGAAGAUAGCAGUAAUAACAUGGGAAAUGGAAGUGUUGGCGAAGCCGUUGAGCAAAAUAAAAGUAUAGGUUUUAAUGCAUAUAAUGAAAUUGUAUAUGGAAAGUUGGAUUUGGAUACUGUACAAAAGAUGUUUCUUAAGGGAACUGGUAGUUUUGGUAGUGCUUACAUAGUUGAGAUUUACCCCUUCUCAAGUACAUUGGUGCAGUCACGAUUGGAGUUGUUUGAGAAGCAAGCUGAAAUUGCGAAAAAUUGUCGGGGGGAUGCUAAUGUUCGAUAUGCUUGGCUUGCUUCUUCCAAAGGAGAAUUACCUACUAUGAUGAAGUGUGGGCUUGGUCAUUGUGUACCAUCUGCACCUAAAUGCAUGCAUGGCAUUGGUGUUCAUCUUGCAGCUGCUACCUGUCCUUUUGCCAGUGCUAGUUAUUGCGAUGUUGACGAAAAUGGAGUUCGACACAUCGUCUUUUGCCGUGUAAUAAUGGGGAAUAUGGAGCUUCUCCAUCCUGGCACUAGACAGUACCGUCCCAGUAGUAGUGACUAUGAUAGUGGGGUGGAUGACAUCCACAAUCCAAGAAACUUUAUAGUAUGGAAUAUGAAUAUGAACACCCACAUCUAUCCAGAAUUUGUCGUUAGUUUCAAGGUCUCUUCUGAUGCUGAAGGCCUUCUUUUGGGAUGUGAGCGUAAGAAUAAUAUUUUUGGGGUUAAUUCAGCUAGCUAUGGUCCUAAAAUCUUGCCACGUUCAGAGUCUUCAAGAGUAAGCACUGGAAUACCAACUGGUUCGCCUGAAGCUUCAACAUCCCCCCGGUUUCCUUUUUCUACGCUUUUUGCUGCUAUCAUAAACAAGGUUCCUGCAGAGGAUAUGAAACUUAUACAUAUGUACCAUCUGCACUUCAGGGCAAAAAAGAUGACUCGUGAUGAUUUUUUGAAAAAUUUGAGGUCAGUUGUGGGAGAUGAUCUCUUGCGAGCUACAUUACCUGGUCUUCUUCAACGCAAGAUAUCGUCCUAAUCAUCUUGUGUGAUCAAAAUGGAUUCUUGAGGCUUACUUUAUUACGUACGGGGUGGUGACCUUUACACUUCAAACUUUGCCGACUUAACUCAGAACACUCUGAAAGAGCCAAAAUGAACCUGUGAAUAUUGUUAAGAGUAUUUGGGUUAAUUACCUGCUUUUAAAUUUUGUUUUGAUUGCAUCCUGUUAUUGACAUGGAACAUGUUUUUUGAACUUCUUUUAAAUUGUUUUUGAUCAAUCUGUGAUCUGAUGAACUGUCCACCACAAUAGUUAAAUCUUAAAGUAGGCUUUUAUGGUAAAAUUGUAUUUAGAUAUUCCUUAUUAGCAAGGAAAUGUUUUUAAGAUACUAUUUGUCUCCGAUCACGUGAACCAACGAUUUAUUUCAA